UAAUCACAGGGACUUUGGGGCUGGCCGGAAGCCCCCUUCCCUGCGCCCACUCCCAGUUCAUUUCCUGUCCCGUUCCGCCCGCCCAGCAGCGGCCUGGCUCAGCAGGCAGGCGGCCCAGGCGCCCCGGGAUGCCACUCUAUUAGAAAUUGAGGAUGAUCUGCAUUUGAUUUGCAAGGAAUAGAGGGGUGGAGAUGGUCAGCCUUUCUCUUGUCGCCAACAUCUUGAUAGUGCAGUGCUGCAUUUAGCAAGAAGGCUCUGGUUCAGGUGACUACUGGCAGCAAAGGUUUAGCUUUCAUCUUGACUCUCUUCCUUGAACAUCAUUUCCCUCGAAGUGGGGUGUCUACCUGAAGAACAUUUUAUUUUAAAAGGAAAGAUGCUAUCUCCAAAUGAUAAAAAGUUAGAAAAGCUGGAUCCAUUUUAUCGACCUUCUAUGUCCAAGCAGAAGACCAGCGCAGAGAUCAUAAGUGAAGCACGAAAUGCAUUAAGAACAGUUAGGACCCAACGACCAUUUACACCACGGGAAGACCAAAGAAAGCUAUUUGGGCCUGCAUCUUCAAGAACACCAGAAAACAGACCUCCUUCCUCCUUUAGCCUCCAUGCAUCCAGUUUUGAGUCAUCUGAUUCCAGGCCUAUCUCCAGUGCUCGUCUCAGUCCGCUAGAGCUUAGACCGAAAGCUCCGGCAUCUCCCGCUCUGGAGGAGGACCUGUGCCUUUCCUUUCCCAAACCCCCAGUGGACGCUGCAAAGAUGAGAAGAAUAAGCAGUGCCCGGGCGCGCUUAUUCAGGGCGGCCUCCCAGGGGGCUCUUCUGCCUGACAGGACGCUUCCUCCCGCUGAGCCAAAGAAGACAGUGGAAUCCAAAGAAACCGUUGUGAAGGGGGACCCUAUGGUGAAAAUAAAUGGGAUUUAUUUAACAGAAUCAAACGCCAUGGGCCACUUAAAGAGUCACCCACUUCAGCUAACUUACGAUGGGGGCUUCAGUGAAAUUCAGGAGCAAGAAAUGUUUAAAGGGACAACAUCCUUGCCAUCUCAUCUCAGAAGUGGAGGGGAGCAGGGGAAGAGGUGUUCGAGAGCCUCAUCAUAUUCCAGCAGCUCAGACGUGAGCCGACUGGAAGCCAGAGCAGUCUCAAAAGCCAACUUGCAAGAAAAGGAUACAGAAAUAGAAGUAGACGAAGUCUUUUGGAAUACAAGGAUCGUACCGAUUUUGCAUGAAUUAGAAAAGGAAGAAAACAUUGAAACAAUUUGUGCUGCUUGCACACAACUUCAUCACGCUUUAGCAGAAGGAAACAUGCUUGGAAAUAAGUUUAAGAGAAGAAGUAUUCUCCUGAAGACCCUAUAUAAACUAGUUGAUAUUGGUUCAGACUUGCUCAGCCUUAAACUUGCAAAACUUAUCCUAGCACUUAAAGUGAGUAGAAAGAAUCUUCUUAAUGUCUGCAAACUUAUAUUCAAAAUUAGCAGAAGUGAGAAGAAUGACUCUCUGAUUGAAAAUGACAGCAUUCUGGAAUCAUUAUUGGAGGUCCUGAGAAAUGAAGACCUGCACACUAACACUGAAGCUUUUUUAUACUGUAUGGGGGCUAUCAAAUUCAUUUCUGGAAACCCAGGAUUUCUCGAUGAAAUGAUCAGCAAAGGUGCUGUGGAAAUACUGGUGAAUUUGAUAAAGCAAAUCAAUGAGAACACCAGGAAAUGUGGCACAUGUCUGCCUAACUCAGGCCACUUGUUAGUCCAAAUGACUGCUACACUGAGAAACUUGGUUGAUUCACCACCAGCAAGAAGUAAGUUGCUAAGCAUCAGUGCCCUCCCCCAGCUCUGCGCGGUGAUGGGACAGUACAUGGCUGACAAGGAUGUCUGCACCAAUAUUGCCAGAAUAUUCAGCAAACUUACUUCUUACCAUGACUGCUGUGCAGCCUUGGCCAACUGUUCCAGAUGUUAUGCCUUGUUUUUGAAAGUGAUAAACAAAUACCAGAAGAAACAGGAUUUAGUUGUCCGUAUUGUGUUUAUUCUUGGCAACCUGACAGCGAAAAAUCACCAGGCUCGUGAACAGUUUUCCAAAGAGAAAGGGAGCAUCCCGACCUUGCUGUCAUUAUUCCAUACAUUCUACAAACUGGACCUGUGUGCUGAGGAGCAGAUGGGAGAAGCCCAGCAACCCAAGGUGCAGAGGCCGCGGGCCCCCGCGGAGGACGUGCUCAUCAAGCUGACCCGAGUACUGGCCAACUUAGCCAUCCACCCUGGCAUCGGCCCGGCCCUGGCCACCAACCCGCACGCCGUGGGCCUGCUCCUCGCCACGCUAGAAUACAAGUCAAUUGAGGAUUGCGAGGAGCUGGUGAUCAAUACUACAGCCACAAUCAACAACUUAUCUUACUACCAAGUGAAGAAUUCCAUAAUUCAAGACAAAAAGCUACAUAUUGCUGAAUUGCUCAUAAAGCUUCUUGUGAGUAAUAACAUGGAUGGAAUCCUUGAAGCUGUGCGUGUUUUUGGAAAUCUCUCCCAGGACCAUGACAUCUGUGAUUUCAUUGUGCAGAAAAAUGUACACAAGUUCAUGAUUGCACUGCUCGAUGCUAAGCAUCAGGAUAUUUGCUUUUCUGCCUGUGGCGUUCUCCUAAAUCUCACUGUGGAUAAAAACAAACGUGUGAUCCUAAAAGAAGGAGGUGGCAUUAAAAAGUUGGUGGAUUGUUUAAGACAUUUUGGUCCUACCGAUUGGCAGCUGGCCUGCUUGGUUUGCAAAACUUUAUGGAACUUCAGUGAAAAUAUCACCAACGCUUCAUCAUGUUUUGGAGAUGAAGACACCAACACAUUGUUAGUCCUGCUACCAUCAUUUUUAGAUGAAGAACUAGCACUGGAUGGCAGUUUUGAUCAAGACCUAAAAAACUAUCACAAACUCCAGUGGGAAACAGAAUUCAAACCUGUGGCCCAGCAGCUCCUGAACCGAAUUCAGAGUCAUCAUACCUUCCUGGAACCACUGCCUAUUCCUUCUUUCUAACGUGAUGUAGAUUAACAACAGAAGCAAGAAGUCAGGUCUCCUUCAUUCUUACAGAGUGGUAACAUGCAUGAACAUUUGUUUUUCAGUAUGGACAAAUAGUGAAAGUUUUUCAGAUACUGAUUUUAGUGAGUAGUCUAAGUAUCUUAGAAGAAAUAGGCAUUUCUUCUCGUUAGGUAGGUAUUAUGGAAAAAUGAAUAUAAAUGUGCUCUCUGCUAUGAGAAAUGUAAGAUGAAAAUAUAUUCACAGUUUUUCAAAGCACAUGACUUCUUCUUCUAUUCUGUAUUAAAUACUUCGGUUCCAGUCUUAAAAUCUGGAUUUAACAACUUUGGAAUUUAAGUGUUUGUCAGUUCAGUAAGUGAACCAUGCAAUGAAGACUCCUAGAUUUUGUAUCUGGGCAGAACGGUGAUCAACACUGUGAGGACCACAUCACUACAUAACCGUCUGUACUAAUUCUUUGUCCUCUAAUAAUAAUUUUCUGGUCAGGUACCAGUAUUUUUCUUGUUUUCAUGUUAAGAGCGGGAGUAAGCAGAAAAAUUUAGAGACACCUGCUUUGGGCAAUCUACUCUAUUAAAUAAGUAAAAUAGAUGAAAAAGGGAGUAUUUUACCUCUUUAUUUUCAUUUGAAAUAAAAUGACUAGACCACACAGUCCUUCUAGUUGUAACUCUCUGUGAUUAGGGAGGUGAUAGAACAUCCUCAAAAGGGUAUAGGCUUAGGUAAAUGGCAGAUCUCAGCUUGAAUCCUAGCUAUCUCCUGUGUGGACCUUGGGCGAGCAACUUAAUUUCUUUAACUUCAACUGUAAAAUGGGAAUAGUAAAAUAGGAAUGUUUUAUUCUAGUGCAGUUUGGGAAAAUAACAAAAACAUUAAAUGGGCAAGUUGCCUAGCAUAGUGUCUGAUGUGUAAGUAGGUGCUCAAUAAAUUAUAGCAUGGUGAUGGUAAUUUUUUAGUUUACUAUUCUUUGCAGGGUAAGUUUGGCCUUUGAAAAAAUGAUAAAAACCAAAGAAAUUGAGAUUAUUAUUCUAUAUUAGCCAAAUGAAGAUUUGGAAAUAAAAGCAGAUGCACUACUCUGCUUGGAGAAAAGCUGUUAUGAAUGGCUCAUCUCUCACCCUACAAAAUACCAAGACUAAUGGGAAGAGGGCAUGUACUCCAGACUGGAUGGGCUCUCAAAGACCAUUAGAAUAUAAUAUCUAAAUUUUCAGGAAUAAAUAGACUUUCCAAGGGCCCUUCUAGUCUGGGCCUAGUCUCUGACAAGGGCUUAGCAAAAUCCCCUAGGGACACUUAUUGUAUACCUUAUUGUAUAGUCUGAGGGGCUGAUCUCUCAAAACCAUUUAAGGGUCUAAGUCUUUUUUUUUUUUCUUUUUUUUCUUUUUUUUUUUCUUCUUUUUUUUUCUUUUUUUUAAUCCAUAGCAGGCCAUAUAUUCUACUUUCACUGAAAAAGAUCAAACUAUUUCUCCCCCAAAACAGCCCCCUCAGUAUUUAUAACUAAUAUAAUAACUCAUGGUGGAAUACCAUUAUUCCUAUUCUCCAUAUAAACUCUUCACCCUCACACUCAUGUGCAAGCUGGACCUUUUGGAACCACCUAUCUGCCUUCCCCUUCGCUUUUUAAAAAUAUUUUUUUAGGGAUCUCUACACUGUACAUGAAGCUCAAAAUCACAGCCCUGAGAUCAAGAGUCACAUGCUCUACUGACUGAGCCAGGCACCCUUGUUUUUUUUUUUAAGUGAUUAAAAAAACACAUAAAAUUUACCAUACUAUUUUUAAGUGUGCAGUUUAGUAGUGUUAGGUAUAUUCACAUUGCUCUGCAACAGAGCUCUAGAACUUUUUCGUCUUGCAAAACUAAAACUAUAUUCAUUAAAAAAAAAAAAAAUCCCCAUUUCCUCUUCCCCCCAGCUCCUAGCAACCA